AUGCAAAGAUUAUCAAACACUUUGGAAACCACAAAGAAGAAGAAAUCAUCUUCGGAUCCGUAUGAAGUAUUACUUCGGAAAAGUACCUUUCCGAUACAAGCAUUUGCAAAUGGAAAUGGUUUACAAUGGGCGGAUUAUGAAAAAGCAUUAGGAUGGUGUAAAUAUUACGAUGAAGAAAAAAGAAAUUCCUCUGAUUCUAGUAGCGACUCGUUACUCGAUGACGAGUACCGAAAUUUAUUGAGCCAUUUAUUGAAAAAUUAUGAAAUUGCAUCUUGUACAAGUCGCGAGCAAUCAUCAUCUAGUACGAGCAUGAGUAAUAACGUAUCAAUGACAGAGUUGUUUCUUACAAGUUGUUUAUUUCAUUCGACUUUUUCCAUUCCAUUUCUAAAAAGUACGCAUGACGGUACCAUGAAUGGAAAGAAGCUAGAGUUUUAUGGAAGAGUGUUAAAUGAUUGGUUUCAAUAUAAAAUGACUCAAUCGAAAGAACAGGAGGAAGUGACUGCAAAAACAGCAUUUGAUUUUUUAUUAAACGACGAUCAUGAUGAGGAAAUGAUAGAUUCGAAUAUGGAGGAUGAUGUUAAUUUUGAUUUUAAAGAAAAUACUUCCAAACAAGAUGCAUCCAAUAUCAUGUUUGAAAAUCCCAUUAUCACCAUGAUUGAACACCUUUCGAGGCUUGUUGAGAACGGUGCACUUUUAUCACAAUUCACAACCAUAGUAUUUUCACAAGACAUUGACGAGAAAUCUUUAGAAGAAUACUCUCUCAACAAGUUAUUGACUUGCUUUUCAAGCCCUAUUGAAUUUUGUACCAAAACAAAACGUGUCUCGUAUCCAUAUGCCUAUUUCGUUUCGCAUCAGCUUUCCAUGGUGGCGAAUCAACUUCCAGACGCCUCCCAAUCCUCUAUUAUUAUCAUUGAAUACUGUCAACGGUUAGUGGUGAAAUUGAGUAGAGAAGUAGUAGGACUGGAAACCUUAAUCAUAUCACUAGGCAUUCUCAAAAGUAGGAAUGAAUCUCAUUUCCAUUUCUUUUCAAAAAUAAUGUUUGAUAUUUGGAGUAGCAAAAUCAUGUGUCAAUUCAACAGACAGUCAAAAUAUCUGAUGAGUCUGGUGACGGAGAGUUAUGAAAUUUCAUUACUCGAUGUUGGAUUGUGUCCAUAUGUGAUCUUGCAGGUGGCAGAUUUUUCUAACGAUUGGAGGAAUCAUGUUGUGACUGAAAUUACCAAAAAAAUAUUGGCUUUCAAACACACCUCUUCAGACGAAACACGAAAUGGUUGUAGCGAACUUUGUACUGAUCCUUAUCUGAAUUACUUGAUCAGUAUCAUGUCUGACUAUGGAUCACUUGAACUUUCAAAUUUUAUGAAACAAUGGAAGAAGUGUGUGACACAACAAUUUAGUUGUUCCUCUUGGAUUUGA